GUGACGUCUCUAUCCGAGAACUGGGUCGCAGUGACAGCUGUUCACAUAGACAACUGUCAGGCAUGUAGUCUAUUGUUUGUUAUUUUACAUCAUGCACUGACUCAUUUGUACAUCGUCAGCAUGGCUUAUCGGUCUCUUCUCGCCUUAGUUCUUCUAUCUGUCUUUAUAAAUGACGCUCAUCCAUUCUAUGCAAGCAAGGCUACCAUACAGGCGCCACAGAAUGUAAAUGUCAGUCAAAAAUCCAACCCCCUAAUAGACAAGUUGAGGCAGUUGAAGUCAGCGUUCAUGGCGUUUUUUCAAAAGAAAAUGGACGAGUUCAGAAUCAUAGCUGCUGGAUUUCCGUCAAUAGCUUCAGCAGUCACUCAGCAGCAAUCACCAGCCACUACUCAGUCUUCGUCAGCAACUUCAGCAGGCUCGCCAACACAAACUUCGGCGGGGUGAUCAGGACCUGAAGAUUUUGCACUUUUACUCUAGUAAAGAUGCAAUAAUACAAUUUUUUUUUAUUUAUACAAUUCAGUUUGUUUUUUGUUUAUGUUUCAAGAAUAGCCUAUACGUAUUCAGUUUUAUUAUAUUUUGUCAUGUUUAACCCAAAUCUUAAAUCAAUAAUAGUGUAGCCAUUUUAUUUUUAUCUUGCAACUUUAUAAACCUUAAUUUUUAUUUUUAUAGACAAUUUUAACCAUUCUCUGUUAAAGCUAUCAAUAUUAAGUUUUUAACAUAUGCUGUAGCAUAUAGCCUAAUUUUAGUGUCCAUUUAUUGUUAAAAGAACAAGAAUUAUUUUUCUUAAUUCACAUUGGCAGACUCUUAAAUCUCUAAUGUAACAUUCUAUGAAAACCUCACUCUAUAUGAAACUUUAAAGAGGUAAAUGAUGGUAAAUAUCAACAAAUUUUUAUACAUAACAUCACAAAAAUUGUAUAGUUAUGCCUUAAAAUUAUUUAACAAGUUUUAAAUAAUUUUCCAAACUUCGGAACAUGACUAAACACAUCUAAAUAAACUAAUAAUAUGCUAAAACUUUAGGUUUUAAACUAAAAUUGCAACUGAAAUCGUUUUUAAUGUUAACAACUACAGUUUUACAAUUUUAUACUGUACAAACAACUUACUUGGAAUGAACUACCAUCACACUGAUUAGUAUAACGUAAUUUGAUUGUAACACAUCAGAUUUCAACAACUGUAUUACACAAACAACAAUUUGUUCUGAUUUAAGAAUUAAUUUUAUCAGCUGAUUGUUGAAAGUGAGGAUUGGUGAUGUUGGUGGACAUUUUUAUCAUUAUUGUUAACAAUUUGUAUUAAGAGGUUAAACUAUUAGUUUUACGAUGAAAGAAAUAGAAGAAAAAUAAUAAUAGAUUGUUCAAUUAGAGGAAAGAAUAUUUUAGCUAUUUUAUGCUGUAUUUAAAGUUUAUAUACAUUCGUGACCAGAUAGAAACUUACUUUACUAUGGACAAUUUUAAAAAGGUCUUUAUUUUAUUGUUUUCCUAUAUUUCCGAGUUUAACCACCACAAUAAAUUAAUUUUUAUUUUAA